GUGUGAACGCGGCUCUGUGUGUGUGUGAGGGGUCGCACAGCGAAGAUGGCGGUGACCGCGCUCGGUGCCCCCCCCACCCCCUCACGGCUCCGCCUCACCGGGGCCCCGGCGGGGACCGGCGGCGGGCGCGCAUGCGCGGGGCGAGCACCGGGCGCUUCCGUUUCCUGCGCGGGCAGCGGGACCGGGGCGGCACCGGGCGGCCCGAACGGGACCGGAGCCCCGCCAUGGCUCUAGCGCUGAAGAUGCUGCCCUGCAAGAAGCGCAGAGCGGCGGGGCCGCCCAGCCCAAGGGAGCGCGGGGAGGACGCGGAGCUGCCCGGAGGCUCCGGUGUUCCCGACGGGAAGGGCCCCGCGGGAACGGAGGCCUCGCCGAAGAGCGGGAGGAAGGGCGCCGUGAGGGCGGCGCUGAGCACCGGGCAGGAGCUCCCCGCGGGCCCCGGCAGCCCGGCGGCGGCGGCGGAAGGGAAGAUCCCUAAGCUGUACACAGAGGUGGAAGUGAAUUCUCAGCGGGAUCCAUAUCCAAGUGAGAACCCUGGUGCAGUGCCAGAGUCUCCAGGGAGAAGCUCCCUGCAGAUUUCUGCUGCCAGGGUUCCCACCACGGUAAAGCCACCGAAGAACACCAGAGCUGAGGAACAGGACGGGGAGGAUGGCGAGAAGAGGAAGAGGAGGAGGAAGGCAAGCAAACGGAAAAGAGAAGGGAAAAGCUUGGAAGAAGAGGGUUCCUUGUCCUGUGACAUCAAGCUGGACGAGUCCCUGGACCGAACCCUGGAAGAUGGAGCCAAGCAGCACAACCUGACCGUGGUCAACGUCAGGAACAUCCUGCACGAAGUGAUCACAAAUGAGCACGUGGUGGCCAUGGUGAAAGCAGCCAUCAGUGAGACAGAAGAUAUUCCUUUGUUUGAGCCUAAAAUGACUCGUUCCAAACUGAAGGAAGUGGUGGAGAAAGGAGGGGUGAUUCCAACGUGGAAUAUUUCUCCAAUUAAGAAGGCAAACGAGGUGAAGCCCCCUCAGUUUGUGGACAUUCCCCUGGAGGAAGAUGAUUCCUCUGAUGAAGAAUACCAGCCUGAUGAUGAAGAGGAGGAUGAGACUGCAGAAGAGAGCUUGCUGGAGAGUGAUGUGGAGAGCACAGCUUCUUCUCCUCGUGGAGCCAAGAGGUGCAGGACAAGACGCUCCUCUGACGAGGAGGGAGGGACAGCCUGUGAGGUGGAGAUGGCCACAUCACCUGUUGUUAGACACAUCAGUGCUGAAGUGGUGCCCAUGGGACCCCCACCACCUCCCAAACCCAAGCAAAGCAAGGACAGCACCUUCAUGGAGAAGCUGCACGCCGUGGAUGAAGAGCUGGCCUGCAGCCCUGUCUGCAUGGACUCCUACCAGCCCCUGGAGGACAGCCUGAUUGCCUUCAGGACCCGCUCCAAGAGGCCCCUGAAGGACGUUCCCCUGGGGCAGCUGGAGGCCGAGCUGCGCGCGCCCGACAUCACCCCCGACAUGUACGACCCCAGCACGGCCGACGACGAGGAGUGGAAGAGGUGGCUCAGGGGGCUGAUGAAUGAUGACGUGGAGAAUGAAGAUGAAGCUGAUGAUGAUGAUGACCCUGAGUACAAUUUCCUGGAAGAUCUGGAUGAACCAGACACAGAAGACUUCAGGAAUGACCGUGCUGUGAGAAUCACCAAAAAGGAAGUGAAUGAGCUGAUGGAGGAGCUGUUUGAGACAUUCCAGGAUGAGAUGGGCUUCUCCAACGUGAAAGAUGAAAGGCCAGAAGAUGAAGAUGCUGUUACAGAGUCUCGGCCAAAUUUUAACACCCCCCAGGCCCUCAGGUUUGAGGAGCCUCUGGCCAAUUUGCUGAACAAGCAGCACCAGACAGUGAAGGAGCAACUGGAGCAGCUGAGAAUGAAAAAAUCCUCAAUCAAAGCACCUCAAGAAGCUGAAAAAUGCAGAACCACAAAUGAGAAACCUCUCCAUAGCCUGGUUCUGGACAGUGCCCAAAGGAAGAGGCUGGAGCAGCAAAUGCAGCAGCAUGUUCAGCUCCUGACUCAAAUCCAUCUCCUGGCAAGUUUCAACCCUGCUCUAAGUUCAGAGGCCAGCACCACCCAGAUGUUUUUGAGCGAGCUCGGGAGCUUUGCCUGCAGCUCCACCCUGCACCAGGUGCCCCAAAAUCCCAAAUUCCAGACCAUGUUCCAGCCCUGCAACUUGGAGGGGGCCCUGCAGCUCAUCAAGGACUUCCAUGCCCAGGUGCCAGUGGACUGGAGCCCUCGGAAAGCUGUGAAAAAAAAUGCAAACGAAUUCUCAUGUUUGCCAAAGCAAGUGGCCUGGAUUUUGGCAACCAGGAAAGUUUUUAUGUACCCAGAGCUACUGCCAAUUUGUUCCUUGAGAGCAAAUCCUCACCGAGACAAGAUCGUCUUCACCAAGGCAGAGGACAACUUGUUGGCUUUAGGGCUGAAACAUUUUGAAGGGACGGAGUUUCCCAAGCCUUUGAUCAGCAAAUAUCUCCUGCCCACCAAAACUGCCCAUCAGCUGACAGUGAGGAUCAAGAACCUCAGCAUGAACCGAGCCCCUGACAACAUCAUCAUGUACUACAAAAAGACAAAGCAGCUGCCUGUGCUGGUGAAGUGCUGUGAGGAAAUCCAGCCCCACGAGUGGAAACCUCCCGUGGAGAGGGAAGAGCAUCGCCUGCCCUUCUGGUUAAAGGCAAGCUUGCCCUCCAUCCAGAGAGAACUGAAGCAGCUGGCAGAAAAUGCCAAGGGGACACCAGCUUCACCUGAAGGAGAAUCUGCCCUUUUGGGGCCAGAAAAGGAAACUUCAAACACGGAAUAUGGUGACAAAUACCCUCUGCUGAUGCCCAAGGGGCUGGUGCUGACCCUGAAACCUUUGGCCAACCGCUUCUCCAGGAGGGCCUGGAGGAGACAGAGGUCUUCAGCUCUGAAGCCUGUCCUGAUCCGCCCCAGCCCCUGUCUGCAGCCCAGCUCCAGCCCCCUCAAUGUGCAGAAAACUCCCAAAUUGUCCCAGUCAGAGGCUCCCCCCAGCAAGGUCCUGCGCCAGGUCCCCCGGCCCAUCCAGCCGGCGCCACAACCCCUGAACGUUCCGGCAGUGCUGGGAGGUGGGGAUGCCUUGGAAUUCCAGAAUGUGCCUUCCACUGCCCAUCCAAACUCCAGACAGACCUUCCCAGCUGCUGUGCCCCCAGCUCUGGUGUCCUCAGAAGCGGUGACUCUCCAGCCCAAGCUGAUGCUGCCGGCCUUGGCGGGGACGAAGACGCGCAAACCUUGCGUGCGUAAGGGCUACCAGAGGAAAAAAGGGACGAGAUCCACCCCGCUGAUCAAACCUUCCCCUCUGAUCCAGCCCUCCCCUGUCAUCCUGACCGUCCCUGCUGCCACGGUGAAGGUGGUGAACAUUGGCAACGGCUGCAACGUGCUGCAGCCCCUGAGCACGGCGGUGGGCCGGGGCGCUCAGGCCAUUCCUGUCACAACGCUGCUGGUGAAUCCAUCCACCUUCCCCUGCCCCUUAAACCAGCCCCUGGUGACCUCUUCCAUCCCAUCACUGAUUGUCUCUCCCAGCCCUGUGGGUCUGGCUGCUCCUGCUGUGGGGGAAGGCGAGGAGAAGCUGACCCUGCUCCCUGCUCCCGCUGCCUUUCCCACCGCAGAACCCAAAGCAGAGCCCACAGAGCUCUUUGUGCCCUGCUCCAGCCUUGUCCCCGAGGAGGAGAGUGGCACAAACGCUGCCCACGGGGACACUCAGGACCAGGGGAGCAAAGCUGACUGCUGCAGCUGGCCAGGAGCAGAGGGAGAUGGGCACACACCCAAGCCUGUGCCCGUGGUGGAGCUUUUGCCUCGCUUAGAAGCCGCUGAUCCAUCAGCAGAAAUCAAAUCUGAAGAUUUAAAUGACGCUCCCAAAGAAGCAAAGCUGGCGCAGAGAAAGGAUUUUUUAUGUGCUGAAAGGAAGGAGGAAUUCAUGCUGGGCCUCGGCCAGGAGCUGAACAUGGAGGCUGCGUGCUGCUGUGGGGACGAGCCCAAGAAGGAGAAGGGAGAGGAGGAACGCCGGGCUCUGCCGUCCCCAGCCCGGGGGGAGCCCCAGGGGGACGCAGGGGGGGCUGCAGGCAGCAGUGACUCCCCAAAAAUCCCCCCCUGCCCCGCCGAGAGGGAGGCAGAGCUCAGCAGCCCCCCGGGCAGGCCGGAGGAUUCAUCCAGCGUGGACGGACAAUCCGUGGGGACCCCGGCCGGCCCCGAGGCCGCAGGGGAGAGGGAAGGGCAGGAGGAGGAGGAGGAGGAUGAAUUUGAUGAUUUCACGCAGGACGAGGAUGAGGAAAUGUCCUCGGCCUCGGAAGAGUCCGUCCUGUCCGUGCCGGAGCUGCAGGAGACAAUGGAAAAACUGACUUGGCUUGCCACAGAGAGACGUUUAAGCCAAGAAGGAGACUCUGAAGAAGAGAAUUCCCAGGAGGAGAACUCGGAGCCUGAGGAGGAGGAGGAGGAGGAAGGGGAAGGAGUGGAGAAUUUACAGAAAGAUGAUGAAAUCUGUGGGGAUCCAGCAGAGGAGCCCAAAUCUGCCUUCACCACAGCCAAGGCAACUUCUUCCCCACAGCUGGAAGCCCAGGGGAUGCCAGCAGGAGAGAACCUGAAAGCCCCUGGGAAGGGCAGGAGCUCCCACAGGACCAGGAGCAAGCGGGGCAGGGCUCGUGGCAGCAAGGACACCUCCAAGCUGCUGCUGCUGUACGACGAGGACAUCCUGGAGAGGGAUCCCCUGAGGGAGCAGAAGGACCUGGCCUUUGCCCAGGCUUACCUGACCAGGGUGCGUGAGACCCUGCAGCACAUCCCGGGCAAGUACGAGGAUUUCCUGCGCGUGAUCUACGAGUUCGAGAUCGGCACGGACAAACGGACGGCCGUGGAUCUGUACUGCACCCUGCAGCAGCUGCUGCACGACUGGCCACAGCUGCUGACGGAUUUCGCUGCCUUCCUUUUGCCAGAGCAAGCUUUGGAGUGUGGGCUGUUUGAGGAGCAGCAAGCCUUCGAAAAGAGCCGCAAGUUCCUCAGGCAGCUGGAGAUCUGCUUUGCUGAAAAUCCCGCCCACCACCAAAAAAUCAUCAAAGUCCUGCAGAGCUGUGCAGACUGUCUGCCCCAGGAGAUUGCAGAGCUGAAAACCCAAAUGUGGCAGCUGUUGAAGGGACAUGACCACCUGCAGGAUGAGUUCUCAGUUUUCUUUGAUCACCUCCGACCCUCAGCCAGCCGCAUGGGAGACUUUGAGGAGAUCAACUGGACAGAAGAGAAGGAAUAUGAGUUUGAUGGGUUUGAAGAGGUGUCUCUGCCAGAUGUAGAAGAGGAGGAUGAGCCACCCAAAAUUCAUGGAGCCACCAGGAACAAGAAGAGGAAGGAGAUUGGAGGCCAACAGCACGACAAGGAGGUGGAGUGGGUGGAAGGGAUGAAGGAGUGCUCCUGCUCCUGCCACGAAGGCAGCAGCGAGCUGAAGCUGAAGAAAAGCAAGAGGAGGAGCUGCAGCCACUGUGGGAGCAAGGUGUGUGAAAACAAAUUCUACAAAAACAAAGAUUGCCACGAGCUGCCUGCCAGCCUUGCUCAGCCAGAGUCGAGUCCCCAGCCGGAGGGGAAGGAGGCUGGAAUGUCCAAGGAGGCUGGAGAGGAAAUCCUGGAGGGCAGAGAGGAGGGAGAGGACAGAACAAAACCUGGCCCGAGGAAGGGGGAGUCUCUGUCUCCAGCAGGAUCUCACCUGGAAGGAAGGGUGGCCUCCAGCAGACCUGGAUCUUGUGAGAAAGCUGCCCCUGCUGAUGCCCAGCUCCCAGAAGGUGCCAGCGCAGGCGUGGACGCUGCCAGGGACAGGGACUCUGCUGCCACUGGCCCCAGCUGGGCACAGCUGCAAAAAGCUGCUCUGAAACUACCUCAAGAGACCAAAGAGUGCCCUUGCAGCGAGGGACUGAAGCAGCCUGCAGGGAAUGCAGAGGCUCCCCCGGGGCUGGGCAGGGACCUGCUGCUCUCUGCUGCAGCAAAAAGUUCCCUGGGACCUCGACCCUGUCAGACUGAGGGGCUUCAUUCUGCUGCAGCUGAGCAGCCCAGGGGCUCUGCUCUUGGCCCAGGAGGUGGCAAAGAACUCGAGGGAGCAUCUUUGGCCCUGGAAGGAAGAGCAGAAGCAAAGCAGGGCUGGAUCACAAAGAGCAGCAAAGCAGCAGCAGGUGAGAGCUGCAGCUCAGCGUCCCCUGCUCGCUGCAGCUCAGAGACACAGGACAGAGGCUGCACUGGAGCUGCUGCUGAGGGCAGGCCAAGGUCCAGUGCAAGCAGCAGCUUGGUGGUGCAUCAGCAUCCAGCUGAGCAGCUCCGGGGGCAGAGGGAGGAGGAGCAGCAGCAGCAGAGGGUGACCGAGGCCACCGUGUGUGCCAAGAACAGCAAAGUCAGCUCCACUGGGGAGAAGGUUGUGCUCUGGACCAGAGAGGCUGACAGAGUCAUCCUCACCACCUGCCAGGAGAAGGGAGCUCACCUGGACACCUUCCACGCCAUCUCCCAGAAAUUGGGCAACAAGACAGCCAGUGAGGUGUCCCACAGGUUCAGGGAGCUGAUGAGGCUGUUCCACACGUCCUGUGAUGGCAGCUCUGAGGAUGAGGAGGAUGCCACCAGCACCAGCAACACAGACCAGCUGUCAGACAAAGAUCUUCUGCUUUCUGAGGAAGAACCUGAUGACUGAGGUGAUAAACUACUGACUGCACCAGAAGAGGGUUUUUUUUUGGUUUUUUUUGGUUUUUUGCCAGUUUGCUGCUAGACAGGUGCUGUGGAAAAACGUUUGCACAGGUACUUGAGACAGCACCUUCAUUUAUUUUGUUCAAUUUCCAGCCUGUACCAAGCCAAAGGCAGGAAAUAAAAGGAGAACAUUCUCUAGAACCUCCCUGAGGAGCUUCAGCAGUGAAAUAACAGAAUUUAUGGACGCUGACCCGGCCUUGGGGUGAAGGUGGGGCCCAGCAGCCUCUGCCCAGGACCUGUAAAUAUUGUCAGUUUUCAUGUGGAACAAACACAUGACUUUUUCCAAGUUCUCCCCUCGUGCUGAUUGUGAGAUAGUUCCAGUCUGAAUUCUCUAUUUAUUGUGUGGGUUUAUUUGAACAGGCAGAGCAAAUCCACUUUGCACAGCUGAAAAAACCCAACCAAAACACAUAUAAAACCAGCUCCCCAAAAAAGCAGCUUUCCUCCUUUGCAACACAACUGUGAGCCCCAGAAGUAAGAUUUUUUUGGUAAAAUGAGAAGAAAGCAGCAGCUGGGCCAUCUCCAAAACCAUUCCCUUUAUUUUGGGAGUCAUCUUAACGGCAGGAAAUAAAGCUGGGUUAAUCUGAA